GCACGUGCUUUUUUUAAUCUGUUCUGAAAAAUGUUUCCAGAAUUAGUUUAUAUUUGGAAAUUUAACAUUUAUGAUUUUUUAACGUUUAAGUGAAAUAAAAUUCCGAUUAGAAAAUGAAGAUCACAAAUUGGAUUUUUCGAAUUAAUAGCUACAAUAUUAAUGAAGAAUUGAAAAUAAGUGAACAAGAAAACGAUUUAAAGCGAGUCAAGGAUGAAGGAAGUCGAUUUCUGCAGUACACUGCUGGCAUUUGUGCAUGUAUAUCGAUGGCAGCUUGGGGAUCCUUCAUAGCCUGGCCAUCACCAGCUAUACCCCACUUGACCAGCAACAGUUCAGCAUUUCCAGUAACUAAAGAACAAGGAAGUUUGAUAAUAUCACUAUACAACCUCGGGGACCUUUUUGGAGGAUUGAUAAAUCCAUUAUUUAUUGAUCGCAUAGGCCGGAAGUAUACCUUAUUACUUUUUUCCCUACCAGGAUUGGUUGGCUGGAUCUUAAUCAUCUUCGCAAAUAACUGCGUAUACCUCUACAUUGCGAGAUUUAUUGCCGGAGUAGGCCAGGGCAGUACUUUUAAUUCCCUGGUGAUUUAUCUGACUGAGAUUUCGGAAAAGAGCAUCAGAGGUAUUCUAAUUAACAUGAUGCACAUGUCAAUGAUAACUGGUAUUUUCGUCUUUACAAUAGUUGCAACCUACACAUCUUACAAUGUUUUGAACUUUGCAUCCGCGACAUUACCAAUACUUUUUCUUCUCAUGUUUCCCUUCUUACCAGAAACACCUUAUUAUUACCUAAUGAAAGGUCGAAAUGAAGAUUCAAUGAAAUGUUUGAUGAAGUUGAGAGGAAUUUGUGACCCAAAUCAAUUGACUUCAGAAAUCGAUGAAAUGAGAUUGGCUAUAGAAGAAGAGAAAAAACUGAAAACGUCCAAUUUCAGGGAGUUGAUAAACAAAAGCCAUAACCGUAGAGGGUUGUUGAUCAUAUUUUUCCUAAAGAUGACACAACUGUUAUCAGGAAUAGUAGCAAUCUUGGCAUAUGCUCAGGAGAUUUUCGCCAAAAGUAAUCUCUCUAUAAAUCCAGGAGUUCAAGUAAUAAUUGUUAAUGGAAUUUCGUUACUGGCAUGUUUUGCAACCCACGUAAUUAUAGAAAGGUUUAAUAGAAGAACACUAUUUUUGUCUACUGGACUGUUAGCCUCUCUUUGCUUAGGCAGCGUUAGUCUUUUUUUCUUUAUGGAAUUGUACCUUGAGGCUGAUGUCUCAUCUAUCAGUUUUGUGCCACUUGUAGCUUUGGUUUGUUUUCAAAUAGUGUAUCAGUUUGGACUAGGUACGGUUCCCUAUAUAGUUCAGGGCGAACUUUUUCCUAUGAAUGUGAAAGGAAGCGCAGUCGCCUGUGGGAUGGUUAUGGGAUCAUGCUUCGCCUUUGCGACUACAGCAGGUUACAGUGUUUUAAGCAACGCUGCUGGUAUCUACACGACUUUUUUCUUUUUUGCAACAACAGCACUUUUGGGAUCUGUGAUCACAUUUUGGAUUAUGCCGGAAACUAAAGGAAGGUCCCUGGAGGAAAUUCAGGCAAUGCAGAAUCCAAAACUGAAGGAGAAACUAGACUCAGAACGUAAGAUUAACAAAUCUGUGAAUUAAUAAAUCUCAUUCUGCAAUUGUUGACUUCUAGAUGCUAUGUUUAUAGGGUUGAGGCGUUGGUUUUUGUAUAAUAAUUAAAUGCAAUAAAUUUAUCUGAUGAAAUAUUUAUUUGUGAAUAAAACGUAUCAUUAUUGCGCAGCAAUAGCUUGUGUUAAUAAACAAAAUAAUUUGGAAC